UUGAAAUUAUAUGCCAUUUUAUUCAAAUAUUUAUGGCAGCAUUUUUUUUUUCAGACGGCUGCAGCCAUUCAGGCAAUAUCGAGGCGUAUUCGUGAUCCCAGUACAAAUAUACCAAUUACUAUUUUGUCAUCUCGGAUGUCCGCAGGCUUUACUACAAUCCCGUUUAGCGAAAAACAGUUGAUUGAGGAGUGCUUGAAAAAACGCUAUUCAGCAGCGACGCAUUCGCUGGAUUUGAGUGAAUUUGGAUUGGAUGAAUUGUUUCGUUCGAGAAGUUUGCAUUUGGCACUGAGUCGUAACAGCAUUAUGAUGACGGUUGUUGAGCUGAUCGAUAAACAUUACGGUGAUGUGACUGCCCUGAGUAUGAAGGGAAAUCGUCUUCGUUUUUUGGAUUUCUUUGCCUGUCUUUUGUAUCGUAUCAAGAAUGUGAAAACAUUGGAUUUGUCUGCUAACCAGAUUGAGAAGGAGUCCGAACUGGAAAAAUUAAGAGGAUGGCCGGUGGAGACGUUUUUUCUCGAAAACAACCCGAUGUGUGGAGGAUACGCAUCUGCGGACGCCUAUCUGAGGUUGACGAUAGCUUAUCAAAAGCAUUUCUUUUUUGUCACUUUAAUAAUAUAUUAUCCCGGUUGA